AUGUCGUUCAACUUCGCGUGUUAUUUUCCUGCCGAAAACCCUAUUUUUCUUAGUAUUAACAUCGAUGCGGAGCAGCGAGUAGACCAACUAACGAAGGCGAUUCAAGCAGAGCUCCGAUUGUAUGGUCAAGAGGUCAGCCUUAGGGACAUCCUCCUUUUUAAGACGGAUGUUCUCCUGGAUCCCAAAGAAAGCCUGCAAUCGCGUUCUCUUCUUGGACCCCAUCCACCAUCCGAUGACAUGCUAGAUAUCAUCAUUGCCGAUACAGAGGUUCUGGAGUUGCGCGACGGCCUGGGUGACCCAUAUGACCGCUAUAAGAGGAAGAUCAAGAAAGCUCUCGACAAGUGUCUAAAUGAUCUGCCCCCUGGUUAUUCUCCGUCUGAAAUAGUCAAAUCUCCCAAGAUCCAAGCCCAACUAUUGGGUGGUAAAGAGCAUCUCAUCCACCUGGGUCGGCCUGGUGGAGCCCCUGCCACGAUUUUUAACCCCGCCCUCGCCGGCCUGCAAAAGCGUCUUGACGAUCUUGAAAAAGUCGAAGUUACCCGUCAAGAAAUCGAGCGUGCUGCCGAUUACAUCCAAGAGACGGUCAAGUUUCACGAUGAUGAGGCCCAGCUUCAGAGGGUGAUUCAAGACAUACUCGAUCAAGCAAUUGGAGGGAACGGCGAUUGGGGACGUACUCUUGAUUGGGCAGAUAAUAUCAAACCUGACCGUCCUUGGUGGUAUCAAGCAUUUCUCAUUCUGGUUUUGGAGCUCAAGAACACGUUGGGCCUGUCUGGGGACGCCCUUCUUCAAGCCGUCAUUGAUUACAGCAAAGUAGUUUCGCGAGAGAAGUACAUGGAUUUCCGGGGGCUAUGUAAUUUCCCUAUUGUCCUCAUCGGUGCUACUGCAAAUCGCCUUGAGAUAUCCGUCGCCGUUUGCGUAGGACCGAUCUAUGUGACCAAGUUGCUCACGCUUGACCUCUCGUUGGGGUUUCAUGCUUCCGAUAACAUCAUCCGCCUGGCCCGUGUCUUCAAUGUCUUGUCAUCCUGUCGGACAGAUCUCCAAGAUUACUACAACAAGCUCGACAAAUCAAAGACUCCCAAACUCUCUGCUCUAUAUCCCAGCCCAACACUUGCCGAUCCAUCCAAAGUAUUGCCCCAACUUACCUACCGGCAAUUUCUGACCCGAGCUGGUCAACCCACUUCUAGUCUGGUGGACUUGGGGAACACGACCUCUGCCUUGUACAUUGCCACCCUCGGCGACACCGACCAGGAGGUUAUUGUCAAAUUCACAGCACGCUAUAACAAGGCGGCGCAUUGCUUGCUUGCCGACGCUCAGCUUGCUCCGAAGCUCCACUUCUGUGAGCGUGUUAUCGGUGAUCUAUUCAUGGUUGUUAUGGAUCGUGUGGAUGGAAAGUCUGUUUGGCAGCUUCGGCAGGACAAAGAACCAGUUCCUGCCACCGUCUGGAACAAGGUCACAGAGGCAGUACAAAUUCUUCACGGAAAUGAUAUUGUCUUUGGGGACUUGCGGCACCCAAACAUUCUCUACAUUGCAUCCAAGGACCAUGUAGUUCUUGUGGAUUUCGAUUGGGCUGGGAAGGAUGGGGAGAGCAGAUAUCCGGCCAGCCUCAACCUGGCGAACAUCUGGUCAGAUGAGGUUUUGCCUAAUGGCAUUAUGCGCAAAUCCCAUGAUUUAUGGCAACUGGAGCGGUUGGAAGGUAAAUCUGGUUCUUAG